GUUUCCUGAACUCAGACUUCUACUAAGAAGUAUUCCUCUAUUUUCUUUAAGACGAAAAUAUCCUUGAAUAUGCCUAAUCCUAAAAUACACCUGCGUGCAUGUAUAUAUUUUUAUUAUCCUGUAUGUAUUAUUUUAUUAUUUAUUGUUUAUUAUUUCAGACAAAAUGCUUGCGUUUCACAUAAAGUUGUACUAUUUUGAAAAAGAAAAAACAACAACAACAACAUGGCGGCGCGCAUGUUAGCAAGAAGCAUUGUGUGUUAUUUUAAAGACAAACCUUUUUCUAAAAGGACUUGGAAGCUAGUAACAGGUUGUUGGACAUCUGAGAAACAUGGACCCCUGUCGACUAGCCCCGAUUGCGCCACACCCACUGGACCCAUCGCUCACUAUGACAGUCUGCUGCGCUCUGGGUUCCUCCUUGAAGACAGUCUGCAGAAAGCUGCACUUUGGCAGCUUGAGAAGUUGCAUGGAGAGAUGGCAAGAUAUACCAACCUCCCUCUUUCUCCUCCAGAGACCACAGAGAACGGGAAGGACAGUAGCUUAAGUGACAAAGUGUCCAAAAUCUCCAAACCAGAGCUUAGUGUUAAGACAGAGGAAUGGGUAAAGGAUGUGUCACAUGUUGCUUUGAGGAAAGAAGAAGAGGAAUGUGACACUGAAAAGGAUUGUGCGAAGCCACCUCCCCCUCGUGGAUGCUACAUUCAUGGUGGUGUUGGCACUGGAAAAACGAUGCUGAUGGACAUCUUUUACUCCCGUGUAAAAAAUCCCAGGAAAAAAAGACUUCAUUUUAACGCCUUUAUGUUAGACGUACACAGAAGGAUCCACCGGCUGAAGCAGAGUCUGCCGAAACGAAGCUCGGGCGAACUGACAAUGUACGACCCCAUCUUCCCUGUUGCCAUGGAGAUCGGCGCAGAAACCUGCCUCUUAUGCCUGGAUGAGUUUCAGGUGACUGACGUUGCCAGUGCCAUGAUUCUGAAACAGCUGUUUGAGGGCUUGUUUACAUGUGGAGUGGUGCUGGUGGCCACCUCCAACCGACCUCCAGAAGAACUCUACAAAAACGGUCUUCAGAGGGCUGCUUUUGUGCCUUUCAUUGAUGUGCUCAAGGAGCAUUGCUGCAUUGUCAGAUUGGACACCGGACUAGAUUACCGCAAGAGGGAGAUGGAACCGGCGGGAAAACUUUAUUACACAUCGAGUGAACUCAAUGCCGAGGUUGCCGUGAAUACGCUGUUCCGUGAAUUGGCUUCCAGACAAAACGAUGUAACCAGGCCGAGAGUGUUGAGCGUGCAAGGCAGAGAGGUGACGCUGAACCGGACCUGUGGGACCAUCGCUGAUUGCACCUUCCACGAGCUCUGUGAGCGCCCAUUAGGGGUAAGCGAUUAUCUGGAGAUCGCUCGCCAUUUCGAUACAGUCAUUAUCCGUAACGUGCCUCGGCUGAAGGUUGCACUGAAGGACCAAGCCAGGCGCCUCAUUACGCUUAUCGACAUCUUAUAUGACCAAAAGGUGAGGGUGGUGGUGUUAGCUGAAGCCCCUCUGUACCAUCUCUUUGAUGGAGGCUCUAUGUCUGGAGAGGAAGAGCGGGAUCGUCUGAUGCUCGAUGAGCUCGGCCUCACUAAUGAAGCAUGGAAGCGUCUGACUCUGUUCACCGCUGAGGAGGAAGUUUUCGCCCUGCAGAGGACGCUGUCCCGACUCACAGAGAUGCAGACGAAGCAGUACUGGAUUCAAGUAGAACAAAGGCGAAUGUGAACCACCGCCUGAAAAGGACUACGACUAAAUCAGCAAAGUGUCAGCUGUAACAACAAACACCUCAAGAAUACACCAGUAUCUUUUACUUCGGUACCAAAUUCCUUUACACGCUUAAAAAUUAAGACACAUAGCCACACAAUCAUUCCUGUUUUUUUUGUUAAGGCCAUAUUUAGUAAGAAAUAGGAACAUCUUGAAGAGAUUAAAGUGUUUCAAGUGUAUUACAGUAAUUAAAUUAGAUUAUACAGCAGUUAGUUCCGCACUGUUAUAAUCUAAUUUAAUUAUUGUAACAGCACUGCGACGUUUUACUGUGUGUGUGUGUGUGUGUGUGUAUCACUCCGCUCGUCUGUGUUCGCCACGUAAAAUUCCACUAGUUCAAAACGGUUACUACAGUAAUGUUAGCGACAUCGUCAGUGGACAUGUCACACAAUGCGUUUCGGGAAUAUAACCUGUGACUUGAUAUAUGAAAGCUCAUCAGAUGAAGAUGAAGGUGUAAAGGAAGAAGGGAAGCUAAUUUUAACGGAGGUGUACAAAUCAGUAUGAGCUAGCAGACGGCCUGUAAAGUGCUUCUUCAGGAUCUAGAGAGCUUAACUGACCAAAUUAGGGAGAAAGUUAAGUGUUAAAUAAUGCUAAAUAAAUAAAUUAAUUAAAUCAUAAUAAUAAUAGAAAAAAGGUUUUCUGCAAAAGGAGAGUCUGUGAGACUUUGCUAGUUUCUCAUAACGUGACAAGCUUUAAGAGAGAGAGAAAAAGAAAGGAUAUUAAGGGGAUUAUAAAUGCUAUAACGUAAGCGAUAACAGGAACGAACAUGUUUCACGGGACGUUCGUUGGAAAAUAGCUGUGUUUAAGAGAAAUGAAACACCACCCUGUCGUAAUUUUCCUACAGCAGUAUGCCCUUGAAGGUUUUACUCGUUUCUGAGUGAACGUUAGAUAUAAGGUGGUAGUAUUCCAAGAAUUACGUUUUCAAGAAUUGAGCAAUAAUCUCCUUAAAGAACGAAGUGGAUGUCAUAAGUCAUUAAUAAAGUUAGAAUUAAAUCACCAGAAUACAAAAAAGAAAAUUGCUGAUUGAUGUUGUAUCGCAAAGGAGCUCCUCUUAGACAAGUAUUUAAUACUGUAUGUAGCACUCUUAUAUUAAUAUUAAUAUUAAAACUGCAGUAUUAAAAGAGCAACUCCUGCAUUGACACAUUCACUGCCAGUUCAAUGCAGCAAAGGACAGCAAGUGGGAAGGAUUUGAACAUUAGAGUAUAUAACAUGAGUACAUGCAUGUACAUGUGUAUUUGCAUGUGUAUGAUGUGGUGGGGAUUAGAAAUAUUUAAUUUAUGCUUGUGGUAUUAAAAACCAACAGAAAGUCCACAGCACCCCCUAAUGGUGCUAAACUGUUUGGACUCAGCAGGAAAAAAAAAAAAAACAUCUGGCAAGGGAAAUAUGUGGAUUUCAAAAAAAUAUGCACAAAAAAUAUAUUUAAAGCUGUUUUCUGUAAAAAUUGAUUUUCCUGUUGUAAUGUGUAUUUAUUCAUCUUUCUGUAUUUACACUUAUCCUUAAUAUACAAUGUACUUUUUUUUUUAUUAUUAAAAACAUGUAUUAUUUUUUUCAUUUA